CUGAUUGGCCAGCGUUCGGUGGGAAGCAAAAUCUGGUUGGGAGCGAGUGGAGGUGGGGGGGUUUGCUGAAAGCUGCUAUCCCCGUUGUAUGUUAUUUGACAGUCAGUGACGACUGACGGCAGUCCAUCAGCUCAGUGGCCGUUGAUGGACCUUCCCUAUGAAGAAACAGGGUUACAAUGGGACAGAGUACCUCGGAUCAAGAGGUCCAAGAAAACAACCCAGAGGACGGGUUUAACAACUUUAAGUCAUUUGUGGAGGAGGAACUACAGACACGCAUGAUGGUGGGGAUGGUGAUUGGUGCGGGCUUCUCCAUAGUCCUCAUCGCCAUCCUCAUCUUCUUCAUCUUGCGGAGGAUUAAGCUUCGAAACAUAGAAGCUCAAGAGGCGCCCAAGUACCGCUUUCGCAAGAGAGACAAAGUCAUGUUCUAUGGGCGAAAGAUCAUGCGCAAAGUCUCCCAGUCUACCUCUUCUCUGGUGGGAACAUCAUCCUCCUCUCGGCCACGUCUAAAGAAGAAGCAGAAGAUGCUCAACAUUGCCAAAAAGAUCCUGCGCUUUAAAAAGGAGGUGCCCACCCUGCAGGCCAAGGAGCCCCCUCCAUCAGUGCUAGAGGCUGACCUCACCGAGUUUGAUGUGGCCAACUCCCACCUCCCCUCUGAGGUGCUCUAUAUGCUCAAAAACGUCCGAGUGCUGGGUCACUUUGAGAAGCCCCUCUUCCUAGAGCUGUGCAAACACAUGGUGUUUGUGCAGUUCCAACAAGGGGAGUACGUCUUCAGGCCAGGCCAGCCUGACAGCAGCAUCUACGUGGUUCAGGAUGGAAAACUAGAAUUGUGCCUUACUGGAGCGGAUGGCAAAGAAAGUGUGGUGAAGGAGGUUUACCCAGGAGACAGUGUCCACAGCCUCCUCAGCAUCCUGGAUGUCAUCACAGGCCACCAGAAGCCUUACAGAACGGUGUCAGCACGGGCUGCAGAGGUUUCCACUGUUCUCCGUUUACCUGUAGAAGCCUUCCUCUCUAUAUUUGAGAAGUACCCUGAGAGUCUUGUGCGGGUAGUACAGAUUAUCAUGGUUCGUCUCCAGAGAGUAACAGUCCUCGCCCUGCACAACUAUCUGGGGCUCACAAAUGAGCUUUUCAGCCAUGAAAUGCAGCCAUCGCGUCUGCCACCACCGUCUCCCCAUCCGACCCGCACUAGUCCCAUCCGUCAUGGCAAGCGCUUCGGCAGCCUGACAGUGCCCGAGGAGCACCGGGAAGCUGCCAUUAAGGGUGAAGCUAUAGGAGGGGAACAAGGCAAAGAUGGAGCGACAGUGCCAACUCUUAGCAGGACCAUCUCUAUGCCUGUAGACAUCGCUGGUAUACAGAAAAGUCUGAGAUCAGACUUUGACAUGGCGUACGAAAGGGGACGGAUCUCAGUCUCUGCAGAGGAUGGAAACACUCCUCCUACUUUUACUCGGUCUGUGUCCCAGGACCAGCGGGAGAGGAGGGUGACAGUAGAUGAAGUUCCCUCAGGGAUUUAUCUGUAUCCAGAGGAAGAGUCAGGAGUGGACAAUAUUUUCACACCUGUAUCCAACCGAUCCAGUGCAGCUCUGUUUGAGGAAGCUCAAAAAGAGAUCCUCAAACUCAUGAAGAUUGAGGACCCAUCCUUGUUAAAUGGGAGAGUGACUCUGCACCAUGCAAAAGCUGGAGCUGUCUUAGCCAGACAGGGAGACCAGGAUGUGAGUCUGCACUUUGUCCUGUCUGGUUGUCUGCAUGUCUACCAACGGAUGAUUAACAAGCAAGAGGCCGUCUGCUUGUUUGUGACCCACCCUGGGGAGAUGGUGGGCCAGCUCGCUGUGCUCACUGGAGAGCCCCUCAUCUUCACCAUCAAGGCCAUCCGGGACUGUACUUACCUCAAGAUCUCAAAGUCGGAUUUCUACGAGAUCAUGAGGGAGCAGCCCAGCGUGGUUCUCAGUGCUGCACACACAGUGGCAAUCCGCAUGUCCCCUUUUGUCAGACAGAUGGACUUUGCUAUCGACUGGAUGGCUGUGGAGGCUGGCAGAGCCCUUUACAGACAGGAUGACCAAUCAGACUGCACCUACAUUGUUCUAAAUGGACGCCUGCGUUCAGUCAUCCGCAAGACAAAUGGCAAGAAAGAACUAGUUGGGGAAUAUGGCAGAGGAGACCUCAUUGGAGUGGUGGAGGCCUUAACCAGACAGCCAAGGGCCACCACCGUCCACGCUGUGAGAGACACAGAGCUGGUCAAACUGCCUGAGGGAACGCUCAACAACAUCAAAAGACGAUAUCCCCAGGUGGUGACGCGGUUGAUCCACUUGUUAGGACAGAAGAUUCUGGGGAACCUCCAGCAGGGUCGUGGGCCUUUCUCAGGUUCAGCCCUGAGUCUGCCCACCAUGACAACCAGUGCUGAUGUCACCAACCCCGCCAGCAACCUCUCCACUGUGGCUGUCCUGCCUGUAUGUGAUGAGGUGCCAAUCAACGCGUUCAACCUGGAGCUCAGCCAUGCCCUCAGUGCCAUCGGGCCCACUCUGCUAUUAACUAGUGAGAUAAUCAGAGAGCGACUGGGUGCGUCUGCUUUGGACAGUAUCCACGAGUAUCGUCUGUCUGGCUGGCUGGCCCAGCAGGAGGACAUCAAUCGAAUUGUCCUGUACCAAACUGACAACAGCAUGACCCCGUGGACUCAGCGCUGCAUCCGCCAGGCUGACUGCAUCCUCAUCGUUGGCCUGGGGGACCAGGAGCCCAGCCUGGGGGAGUUGGAGCAGAUGCUGGAGAACACAGCAGUUCGGGCUUUGAAGCAGCUGGUCCUCCUGCACAAAGAGGACGGGCCAGGCCCCUCCAGGACAGUCGAGUGGCUCAAUAUGCGCAGCUGGUGCUCCGGGCAUCUGCACCUCAAGUGUCCCCGCAGGGUCUUCUCCAGACGCAGCCCGAGCAAAUUAAGGGAGGUAUACGAGAAGGUGUUUGAGAAAACAGCAGACAGACACAGUGAUUUCUCUCGGCUGGCCCGAGUCUUGACUGGAAACAGCAUCGCCCUGGUGUUGGGAGGAGGUGGAGCCAGAGGCUGCUCUCAUGUUGGUGUGAUUAAAGCUAUGGAGGAAGCAGGGAUUCCUAUUGACAUAGUGGGUGGGACCUCAAUCGGCUCAUUUAUCGGUGCACUGUACGCUGAGGAGAGGAGUGCUGUCAGGACCAAACAGAGAGCCAGAGAGUGGUCCAAGGCAAUGAACUCAGUAUUUAAAACAGUCCUGGACCUGACCUAUCCCAUCACCUCUAUGUUCUCUGGUUCUGCCUUCAACACCAGCAUCUAUAAAGUUUUCCAGGACAGACAAGCUGAGGACCUGUGGCUGCCAUACUUCAACGUCACCACUGACAUCACAGCCUCAGCCAUGCGUGUUCACCAAGAUGGUUGUGUCUGGCGCUAUGUUAGAGCCAGCGCCUCCUACACUCCCUAUUUACCUCCCCUGUGCGACCCCAAGGAUGGCCACUUGCUUGUGGAUGGUUGCUAUGUUAACAAUGUCCCAGCGGACAUUGCAAGAAACAUGGGCGCCAGAACAGUCAUUGCCAUCGACGUGGGUAGCCAAGAUGAGACCGACCUCUGUAACUAUGGCGACUGCCUGUCUGGCUGGUGGUUGCUGUGGAAACGGAUAAAUCCCUGGGCAGAGAAAGUAAAGGUGCCAGACAUGGCAGAGAUCCAGUCUCGCUUGGCCUAUGUGUCAUGUGUGCGGCAGUUAGAGGUGGUGAAGAAGAGUGCCUAUUGUGAAUACAUCAGACCACCCAUCGACCGCUUCAAGACCAUGGACUUUGGCAAGUUUGACGAGAUCUAUGAUGUGGGCUUCCAGCAUGGCAAGUUGGUGUUUACAGGCUGGGCCCGAGGUGACAUUAUCGAGAACAUGCUGAAGGACCACCGUUCAGCCGAUUACAACGACAGCAAGAUAACUGAUUCCUGCACGUGUACAGGAGCUGACUUCACUGACCUUGCAGAGAUUGUAUCGAGGAUAGAGCCAGUCCAAAGCUACGUAGCUGCAGAAGCAGAGGAGUCAGACUGUCUGACAGAGUACGAGGAAGAUGGGAUGGACACUGUGAGAGAGGAGGAGGGGGAGGAAGAGGAAGAGGAAGCAGAGGACCCUGAGGACCACUCCCCUGGAGAGUGGGGCCAGAAUGGAGUCUUUCAGACUGAUGAGGAGAAAUCUGUGAGACAACGCAGGAAACUCACCAGUGACACCUCCGAAGUCUCUGACUGCUGACAGAGGGCCACAGAGGAGUAGAAGGAGUUUAAAUAAGAACAAGGGCCAAAUUAUGGUUCCAUAAACUGUCGAGACUAAAGACUUGGCCGCCACACUCAGCUCCUGCAACUUCUGAAACACUGAAAUACUGUUUUUGUUUUUUCCGGGUGAAAUCACCGUUCAUCCUCUACAGUAUGUUGUUGAACCUUCUUUGCAUCAAGUGGCUUCCUCCUUGCUCUCACACUGGCUACAUCGUCAAAAAUGAAUAUGUGUGGCCUAAAAUAAGAACGGUCUUUCAAGAUUCUACCCUGCCCAGCUGUUGUCUCGUCAUUUUCACACCAAACUGACCCGUUGCCAGAAUCCCUGCCUGCCAACUCCCAAACCUGCCAAAACCGGGGCUCACCCAGUAAGAUACACAAGAAAACAGGAAGACUUUAAACUUCAAAAUCAUUCUCCUGUUUUUUUUUUUUUUUUAGUUUCAAGUUGCCAGAAGGACCCUGCCUACAUGUCCCAUCUAUGUCUCUAAAAUCUUUGUGUAUGUCUCUAAUGUCUUAUGCAUCUUUAUUGUACUCCAUUAUUGAUGUUUUGACGUAUUUCAUGGCCCACUCAUUUCUUGCAUGCACUCGUUCGAAUGAGUGCGUAUGUGUUGCCUGUGUUAGGGUGACUGUUUGGAACCGACGUGCAAAGUUGUGAUUUGUGAAAUUGUAGCAGGACAUGGAGGAGAAAAGAAAGAAAUACAUACAAUAGAGCUGUAACUAUAGGUGUCAAGCCGGGAGUCACAUAGGGGAAGCCGUAGGAGGAAUACAUGUUCAUGUAGACACCAAAGUAGAUUUUAUGUUUUAAUGAAGACAGCUGGACCAGUGUUAAGAAGCAGAAUGAGAAUGGAUUAAAAUUAGGAGUCAUUUAAAGACAAAGACACAUUAAUUAUGUUGUAGAAAGUUUUGAAAAGUGCAUUUAAGAAAAUAAAAUUAAUAGAUCAAAGUGUGUAGACAAAAAAAAGAAAAAGAAAUGGACCAGUGAGUUAAGUGUUAUUUUAAUUUAAUUUAUUUAAAAUUCAUCCACAAUAGAGUGAGCUUGAUGCGCUGUAGGUAGACUAAACCAAGGAUGACGAAAAUGUGUAA